GAUCCCCAUAGCGAUCUUCUUAAGCAUUUGCGGACCGCUAAUAUCUUUACCAUCCCGCUUCCUCUUCCUAGCUAGUCCAAGCAGCUAGUUAAGCCCCCACAAGUCCUUCCACAGAGUUAAAGCACGCAGAUUCCGACGGAUAAGGCCAUCCCACACGUUCCCAAAGUUAGCAUUGUGCUAGUUUGCAUAUGCCCGGUUGACAGUCCGCGUACUAUGGUUCCGCUGCUUGGUCAUAACCCGAAUGUCAGCCUUAAUCUCUUCGGCAUCCUCGUCGUUAGCCCCGUCGUCAACCUCAAAGCACCCAAUGUUAGCUGCAAACUUAGUUUUAACGAUAUUGACCGUUAUCUGCCGCUAGUUAGCAAUGUAUAGCCGGGGGAUGCUGGCCCGACUACACGCCUGCUCUAUGCACCGCGUGAGCCGGUUGUCAGCCCAAACCUUGCCGUCUUGCCACCAUAAGUACGGAGAGAUAAUGGCAUGCGGGGCAGACCGGCGGAGGAAGACCUGGAGGAGCGGGAUGACAACCACCAAGUAGUCUAGCAAGAGGUCUCCAACAGGUGUAGGCAAGAACCGGAUAUUAUCCUUAAACUUACCCGUCUGCUGCUAACCUUUGUGGUAUGUGGUGUGCAGUAUGACUAGCCCGUGCUUGAGGUAGACGUUUCGCCGCCGCUAGGUGUUACACCAGGUGACAGAGAAUAGUUUACUCUCGCGCAGAGGCUGGCCAGAACCCAUAUAGAUCAAGACUAAGAGCCUUUUUAGGAACUCGUUAGCCACGGCCUCAUACCGUUUAAUCGCCUUCCCCC